GAGACUAAAUGCAACUGGACCAGGGGGCUUGUGGGCAUGAAGUGGCUGGGCGAAUCCAAGAACAUGGUAUUAAAUGGCAGACGACACGGAAACAAGUUGACCAGCGAGCAACCUGUGAGCCAGAGUCAGACUCGCUCUCAGCAUUGUCAGCGAUCAUCCCUGCGGCACAAUAAAACUCACCCAAGAAACCGAAGAUGUAGCCGCAGGUUUAAUGCAGCCAGUCUGGAGGCAGAGAGGCGCUAUGUGCCCUCCUCAGGAAUGACUGCCAAGGAGUUGUGUGAGAAUGAUGAUCUGACCACAAGCCUCAUCCUGGAUCCAUAUCUGGGCUUUCAAACUCACAAAAUGAACACCAGAUUUCGACCAAUUAAGGGAAGACAAGAGGAACUGAAAGAGAUCAUUGAGCGCUUCAAGAAACAUGAUAACUUGGAGAAAGCUUUCAGAGCUUUGACAUCAGGAGACUGGUGCCGAAAUCUUUUUCUCCACAAGACAAAAUCUCAAGAAAAGCUCUUCAAGCAACAUGUAUUUGUGUAUCUUCGGAUGUUUGCAACAGACAGUGGGUUUGAGAUUCUCCCUUGUAAUCGCUACUCAUCAGAACAAAAUGGAGCUAAAAUUGUGGCAACAAAGGAAUGGAAAAGAAAUGACAAGAUUGAAUAUUUGGUGGGAUGCAUCGCUGAGCUUUCAGAGAGUGAGGAGAACAUGCUGCUCCGACAUGGGGAGAAUGACUUCAGUGUCAUGUAUUCAACUCGCAAGAACUGUGCCCAGCUCUGGCUGGGACCAGCUGCCUUCAUCAAUCACGAUUGUCGGCCAAACUGCAAGUUUGUAUCAACAGGGCGUGACACAGCCUGUGUCAAAGUUUUGAGGGACAUUGAACCAGGAGAGGAAAUCUCAUGUUACUACGGAGAUGGGUUUUUUGGGGAAAACAAUGAAUUUUGUGAAUGCUAUACAUGUGAACGACGGGGUACUGGUGCUUUUAAAUCCAAAGCUGGACUGCCAGUGGAAGUGCCAGUGAUCAACAGUAAAUACGGGUUGCGGGAGACCGACAAACGUCUGAACAGGCUGAAGAAGCUCGGGGAAGGAAACAGGAGCUCAGACAGUCACUCCGUAGGCUCACACACCGAUGUAGACUCUCAGGAAAUGACAAAAACACUUCAAUCUGCCAGAAAAAGAACAUCUUCAUCUGACCUGAAGUAUAAAAACAGGACUCAAACUAGACAGACUUUGUCAAAAGCCCUUACUACCUCAUGUUCAAAACAAGGUCGCAUAAACAAUAACAGGGUACCAAAGAGACUAAAAUCCCAAUCCAAGCCUUCACUAAGUAAAGUCCAGUUGCGGGGUCGCAGGAGGGGUACAGAGCCUAAAGCAUUGGCCAAAGGAGAGACUUGCCAGCUGGGUCUCAGGGACUCAAAGGUGUCGCUAUGUAAAGGUGUCACCAUCAAGAAGGAGAAAGAUGGACAGGAGCUGGUGCAACAGACAUUAGGCCAACGGGGCUGCCUCACUCGUCAUGCUGCCAAGGAAAAUGGCAAUCUCCCAGCUGCGCAAAGCAGUGACAGCAGCCAGUGUCCAGUGUACAGAACUCGCAGGUCCACAAGGGCCCCUGUAAAAGCCCAGGAAACAGCAUCUGGCAUUAAGUUGGAGCCCAGUGCUAUGGAUGGCUUGAGCCCAGUACCUGGUGGAGUGGUCAUUAAAACAGAGCCAGCUGACAUGGAGGAAUAUCUCCACCAUGGAGUGGGACUGGAGCAGCCAGCAUUAGAUACUGGCUAUGCCAGAAGAGGCUUGUGCACCAGGCGGAAACGGUUGCCGCGGCUCAGGACAGAGCGAACGAUUAAAUGUGAGGACUCGUACGGUGAGCCAUUCAUGCCGGUGUCUGCUGGCCACACCACCAAUUUCUCAGACUGCGGCAACAUGCUGUUGAGCUUCAAUGACCGACACAGGAACUACAAUGGGGUUGCUAAUUGCAGCAAAUCCCUUCGCAGGGACAAGGCAAAGAGUGGCUGUCGGUCACAGGACAAGGGAAAGAAGAAGCGUCAGAUCACACGGUACGAUGCCCAGCUGAUACUGGAGAACAACACUGGCAUCCCCAAACUGACGCUUCGACGCCGGAGAGACAGUAGCAGUAGCAAGACCAAUGAUCCCAAGGAUUCCAUUGGCUCCUCCAACCUUUCUGCCUCUAUGGUCAAUUCAGCCUCUUCCAGUAAAAUUAGCAUCAAGUUUAGCAAGGACCAUGAUAAGGACAAAGGCAGCUCAUACAUUGCCAAACUGAAUAAUGGCUUUGCCCCUGUAGUCCAUGGUAACACCACCAAGCUGAAGAUACAGCUGAAGAGAGAGGACGAUGCACGGCGAAUAUCCCAGACAAAGGCAGACCAGAUGUCCUAUAAUGGGGACAUGGGUCAGAGUCUGGAGGCCAGGAAUGGUGGACAUCGAACCCAAAAGGCCCUGGCAGACCCUUCUUCUGAUGAGGACAACGAGGAAGAUGGGGAAGAGGAUGAUGAAUAUUUUGACAAUGAGUUUGAAGACGAUUUCAUUCCACUUCCUCCAGCAAAGCGCCUCCGACUCAUUGUGGGUAAAGACUCCAUAGACAUCGAUAUCUCCUCCAGGAGGAGAGAGGAUCAGUCUCUGAGGCUCAAUGCAUAAGCUGUGGAGCUCAUCACUCCCACCUUUCCUUGUAAAUAAAGAUGACCUGCUAA